AUGUAUGAGAUAAACGGGUCAGCAAGCGGCCCUGGAAGCUCAAAUGUUGCUGCUGGCAGUAAUCGUCGUCUUCAACAAACACAACACCAAGUAGAUGAGGUGGUUGACAUCAUGAGGGUGAAUGUGGACAAGGUAUUGGAACGAGAUCAGAAGCUGUCAGAGUUGGAUGACCGUGCUGAUGCGCUGCAAGCAGGAGCUUCCCAGUUUGAGACCAGUGCAGCCAAACUGAAAAGAAAGUAUUGGUGGAAGAACUGUAAGAUGUGGGCAAUAUUGAUAGCUGUUGUUCUCAUUAUCAUCAUCAUCAUCAUUGUCUGGAAUGUAUCUUCAUGAGUUACAGGAAGAAACUCAAAUCAACUGAAGAUGUCUGUCUUCAGCCUCUCCACUUCAAACCUGCUGUAUUUUCAGCCCAUCUGCUGCUGUUUAAAGCAAAAUUAUUUUGAUUAGUGAGAUGUUAACUUUACGUGGUUGCCUUAAGACACUCUUAAUACAAAUACUAACAAGCACAACCCACAGCUUGCACAGUGCCUUGAUAAACUGGAGCAUGGAGCUGAUGAGGAUUUGGUUCCAGGGUUUCCAGACUUAACACUAUAAUCAAUUAUAGACUUCCUAGAGUGGUAUCAGAUUUAUACUUGAUCCUGUUCACUCUUCUAGCCCCUCCUCAGACCUAUUGCAGAGGGGGCUUGUUUCACAUGUGCUGCCAGGGAGCAGCAAUCCAAUCUGUGCCUUUGGCUCGCCUGCCUCUGCUUCUCCCACCUUGCCUCAACUGAAUACGGGGACUGGUAGCUGCGGAAGAACCUGCUGAGCGCUAAGGCCUGUCACUAACUCUCCGACUGGGCGCGGACAGCUCGCUAGUCCCGUGCUUUGGGAGGGGGUCGCCGUGGCUGGCUGCGCGGUGCCCCAGUCUCAGCGGAAUGCCCUCUCGGGCACCCGCGGAGUCGGGCGCUCUGUGCCCCCUCUCACCGGAGAAAAAGGCAGCUGGAAGCCCGUGUUUUUUCCCUCCUGACCAGAGUCUCCAUUUUCGGCGGGCGGGGCG